UCCAACAUGGACCGAGAAAUGAUAUUGGCUGAUUUCCAGGCAUGUACUGGUAUUGAAAAUAUUGAUGAAGCUAUAACAUUGCUUGAACAAAAUAACUGGGAUUUAGUGGCAGCUAUAAAUGGUGUAAUACCACAAGAAAACGGCAUUCUACAAAGUGAGUACAGUGGAGAGACUUUACAUGGACCAGCGUAUGGCCCCACAAGUCAUACUACAGCAGCUUCUUCAACUCCUUCCUCAUCCUCAGCAUUUCGCCAUGUAGUGCCAUCUAGACAAAUAGUGGAAAGACAACCUCGUAUGCUUGACUUCAGGGUUGAGUAUAGAGACAGAAAUGUGGAUGUAGUACUUGAAGACAGCUCCACAGUUGGAGAUAUCAAACAUAUUCUAGAAAACGAACUUCAGAUUCCUGCAUCUAAAAUGCUGUUAAAAGGGUGGAAGACUGGAGAUGUAGAUGAUAGUACUGUUUUAAAAACUCUACACUUGCCAAAAAAUAAUAGUCUUUAUGUUCUAACACCUGACCUGCCUCCUCCUUCUUCAAGUCAUUCUGGGGCCCUGCAGGAGUCAUUAAAUCAAAACUUCAUGCUGAUUGUCACCCAUCGAGAAGUCCAGCGGGAGUAUAACCUCAACUUCUCAGGAAGCAGUACCAUUCAGGAGGUAAAGCGGAAUGUGUAUGACCUGACUAGUAUCCCUGUCCGUCACCAGUUAUGGGAAGGCUGGCCUCCUUCUGCCACAGAUGACUCGAUGACUCUAGCUGUAUCGGGACUGACUUUUCCUUGCCAUCGACUUACAGUUGGAAGAAGAUCUUCACCCAUACAAACGAGGGAACAGUCAGAGGAGCAAUGCACUGAUGUUCAUAUGGUUAGUGACAGUGAUGGAGAUGACUUUGAAGAUGCUACAGAGUUUGGAGUUGAUGAUGGAGAAAUGUUUGGAGUAGCAUCGUCUGCCUUGAGGAAAUCGCCAAUGAUGCCAGAAAAUGCUGAAAAUGAAGGAGAUGCCUUAUUACAAUUUACAGCUGAAUUUUCUUCAAGAUACGGUGACUGCCAUCCUGUUUAUUUUAUUGGAUCAUUAGAGGCUGCUUUUCAAGAAGCCUUCUAUGGGAAAGCUAGAGAUAGAAAGCUUCUUGCUAUCUACCUCCACCAUGAUGAAAGUGUACUAACCAACGUCUUCUGCUCACAAAUGCUUUGUGCUGAAUCUAUUGUCUCCUAUCUGAGUCAGAACUUCAUAACCUGGGCAUGGGACAUGACAAAAGAAGCCAAUAGAGCAAGGUUUCUGACGAUGUGCACUAGACACUUCGGGAGUGUUGUUGCCCAAACAAUUCGAACUCAGAAGACAGACCAGUUUCCACUUUUCCUUAUUAUUAUGGGAAAACGAUCAUCUAAUGAAGUAUUGAAUGUAAUACAAGGUAACACAACAGUGGAUGAGCUAAUGAUGAGGCUGAUGGCUGCAAUGGAGAUCUUCAGUGCCCAGCAGCAGGAAGACAUAAAGGAUGAGGAUGAACGUGAAGCCAGAGAAAAUGUGAAAAGAGAGCAGGAUGAGGCAUACCGCAUAUCACUGGAGGCUGACAGAGCAAAGAGGGAAGCGCAAGAGAGAGAAAUGGCAGAACAGUUUCGCUUGGAACAGAUUCGGAAAGAACAGGAGGAAGAACGUGAGGCUAUCAGGCUCUCUCUUGAGCAAUCUUUGCCUCCUGAACCGAAAGAGGAGAGCACGGAGUCCGUCAGUAAACUGCGUAUUCGGACACCCAGCGGAGAAUUCUUUGAGCGACGUUUCCUGGCCAGCAGCAAGCUGCAGGUUGUCUUUGAUUUUGUAGCUUCCAAGGGAUAUCCUUGGGAGGAGUACAAGCUGUUGGGCACCUUUCCGAGGAGAGAUGUGACCCAGCUGGAUCCAAAUAAAUCAUUACUGGAGGUAAAACUGUAUCCUCAAGAAACCCUUUUCCUAGAGGCAAAAGAAUAG